AGCUCUGCGUUGUCUACUAUGGCUCGCACUAAGCAGACAGCUCGCAAGUCUACCGGCGGUAAGGCUCCGCGAAAGCAGCUCGCCACUAAGGCGGCUCGGAAAAGCGCUCCGGCUACUGGUGGAGUGAAAAAACCCCAUCGCUACCGGCCAGGCACAGUGGCGCUGCGCGAGAUCCGUCGUUACCAGAAAUCAACUGAGCUGCUUAUCCGCAAACUGCCAUUCCAGCGUCUGGUACGUGAGAUCGCGCAGGAUUUCAAAACCGACCUUCGCUUCCAGAGCUCAGCGGUGAUGGCGCUGCAGGAAGCUUGCGAGGCCUACCUGGUGGGUCUGUUUGAGGACACCAACCUGUGCGCUAUCCACGCCAAGAGAGUGACUAUUAUGCCCAAGGACAUCCAGCUUGCACGCCGCAUCCGUGGCGAGCGAGCAUAAAUUGUCCUGCAGCAGGGCUUGUUCGCUUUCUC